AUGUGGAAGGAUCGCUAUGACGACGGCAAGUCCAAGGCACCGUGGCCGCCAUCUCCAAUCCGGCAACCAUUGUUUUGGAAUUCAUACGACCGAUUUAAGCGAGAAUCAUAUCACCUGUUUUCAGCCAUGGGGCAACAACUGGGCGACGUCUUUAGUAUAAAACUGAUGCAGCGGCGCAUAAUUGUGUUGAAUCAUGCAAAUGCAGUGCGAAAAGCGCUUGUUGAACAUCAGCAGGAAAAUUCAUCCAAGCCGAAGUACUCACAUAUGGAAAGCUUUGAACAUCUCAUGACUGAACAAGGCAAAACUGUAUUCACUGCACAAUUCUCACCGUAUUGGAGCAGACUGCGAAAAGCCAUCCAUCGAGUUCUUGGCAGUAAAGCUUCCAUCAGCGCAUUCGAUCGAGCAUUCGAUAGCCUAGCAGAGCGGUUCGCCAUAUUGGAUGGUAUCAUAGAUACCGAUGAAUUACGUGAUCUAGUCAACUUGUUAGCUAUGGAAGCCGCCAUUACUCUUGUGAUAGGCGAGAAAAUACAACAGAAUGAACAGCAACAGGUGCCGAUUGCAACGUUGAAAGAUCUCAUAGAUAUUUGUGAACAAGGACAGUUGCUUCAAUCAAGAAAAUGGUAUUAUCGAUACGGGGCAUUCCUUUCAAUAGCAAGAAUUAUCGGCAUAACGUCUAAGCAGCGCGAUGCAUUAAGAAUACGAAAUAGGGCCAUUGAUAUACUACUUUCUUUGGAUGGCUCUGAUGAUAAAAGCGUUACCAAUAGCCUGCGGCAUCUACAACCCUCAAAGCAAGAUCCGGAACCAGAGCAACUUACUCCUGAAGAAAUAGCAAUUAAUCAGCUACACCUCCUCAUGCAUGGUUACCAACACCUCUCUUCAGCGCUGUUUACCGCUAUCCAGCGAAUUGCUUCUCUCGGUUUAUCCUUUCAGGACGAGUUACGUCACGGAGGUGUACCAUUGAUGAAUGCAUUUAUUGCGGAGUCUCUCCGGUAUAACCCACCAACGCGUUUGUAUUCUCACACCGCGCGCACGGAUCACGAGAUUCACUUCGAUAACGGAGGAACUUUUCGUAUGGAUGAAGAUACUGAUAUUGUUGUCAAUCUCGAUACCAUCCACUUUGACCCACAGGCAUAUCCAUAUCCUGAAAACUUCAACCCACAACGUUUUAUUUUCCCUCCAGAUCACCAAAAUCCUUCUAUUCUCGAUAAGGACAAAUUAACCAUGCCGGUCAGGGAUCAUCUUGCAUUUGGUGUCGGUCGACGAGCUUGUCAAGGAAGUAGAGCGACACAACGAAUAAUGACGGUUGUCCUAUCAUCCUUGAUAAGACGGUACAAUCUUGAAGGAGGGAACGUCAAUGAAACAAUCGAUCAUUCGAGUGCUGUGUGGUCUUGGACAGGAAGGAGCGAAACAAAAGGUGCACCUAUAAAAUUCAUUGCAAGGCGAUAG